AUGUCUGAAGCACUACUGUGGGCUGUCACAAAAACAACACUUGCACACAUUGCUACUUUUGCUGGUGAUCUUACCUGCAGUUAUGCUACACAAGGCAUUUUAGCAGCUCAAGGUGUCCGAAACGACUUCAAAAAGAUCGAGAACAAGCUGAUUGCUAUUCGCGCUGUUCUGCAAGAUGCAGAAAGUAUGCAAUAUGAUAGUGAGGCUGUCAAGAUUUGGCUGAAAGAUCUCAAGAAUGUUGUAGACCUUGUUCAAAGAUUUGAUGACAUUGCUGCUAAUAGACGAGAUCUUCGAUUGGAUGGUCAUGAUCCAAUUGAAGUAUACAACAUUAAGAGGAAUCCUUUAGAUGCCUAUUCAUAUGUGAAGAAAUCAGAAAUUAUUGGUAGAGAUGAAGCUAGGUCCGAAAUAAUUAGACGUUUAACCAGUAGUACUAGUGUUGGAGAUGCUAGUAGGUUGGUUGUGCUUCCGAUAAUUGGGUUUGGCGGGAUUGGGAAAACAGCAUUGGCAAAGCUUGUUUUUAAUGAUGAGUGGGUUGCUAGUAACUUUGAUAUUAAGUUGUGGGCAUGUGUCUCUGAAAAAUUUGAUCUGCAGAAGACUACAGAAGAAAUUUUGAAUUCUGUAAGUAAUGAAACCACUGCAGACCUCAACAUGAGACAGUUGCAUGAAAAACUCCGUGAGAUAUUGGAUAGUCGGAAGCAUUUCCUUGUGCUGGACGAUGUGUGGAUCGAGGACAUCAAAGUAUGGAGAGACUUGAAGAAUUUGGUAGCUGUAAGUGAGAAAGGAAGUGUAAUUUUGGUUACUAAAAGAAGUGACAUGGUCCCAUCAACAGUUGGAAAUGUUGAUCCAUAUUGUUUGGAUAAUCUUCCUUGUGAUGAUAACAAGCUUAAUCCUCCGAUUUUGUCCUGCCUGUGGAGUGCACUUGGAAUCUUGCAACGAGGUAACGACAAUGAAGAGUUAGAAUCCAUUGGAUACAAGUAUUGUGAAGACCUAUUGUCAAGAUGUCUUCUUCAGGAUGCAUUUCUUGUGUUCACCGAAAUUAUAAGUGAAUGUAGAAUGCACGACUUAUUCCCUGAUUUAGCAACUGACCUUGUUGGUGAAGAGAUAGUUGUUGUGACCAGGUAUGAGCAGUUACAAGAGCUACCCAGAGAUAUUGACCAGUUGCUAAGCCUAAGGUAUUUGUCUGUGACUAUGAAUCAAGUGAGCCUAGCUAGCACCAAAUGUAAUGGCUUAAGUUCUCUAGGACGACUAGAAUUAUACUCGUGUGAAGAAUUAACAACUUUGUGGAAUGGAUUUUCUUUUCAAUUCCACACUACCCUGGUAGAGCUUCACAUUGUUAAUUGUCAGAAAUUGAUUUAUCUUCCUGAUAGCAAAAAAUACCUUGUCGUCCUUGUGACAUUGAGCAUUCGUGAUUGUCAAGAGCUUGAUUUGGAGAAAGGGCACAACCUAUGUGGGCUUCAAAGCCUUCGAACCUUGGAAAUUACCGGUGUUCCAAAGCUAGAACGUUUGCCAGAUGGGAUCCAUUCUGCUGCAAGUUCUCUUCAAUAUCUCUGGAUUGAAGGCUGUGCAGGACUGACUAUGCUUCCAAAUUGGUUGCAGCAUAUUACUUCACUUAGAAGAAUUCUUCUUUUCAGUUGCAUAAACAUAGUAGCUCUCCCGGAGAGAUUUAGCCAGCUUCAUUGUUUGCAGAAGCUAUAG